AUGCCGGGCGCUUACCGCAGCUGGUGCCUCGCUGCCGCCACCGCUGUCGAGCGUGUGCACUCGUCUUCCGCUUACCACCAUCCAGCCACCAUCUGUUGCGCGCACCAGCAUGCUGCGAAUGCCGACGAUUACCUUGCCCGUGGGCUGCUCAUUCCUGCCGCGGAGGAGCAUUACAAGGCAGCGGAGGCGUUCCAGGCAUGCGUAGAUGCCUCUAACGACGACAAUACGAAACGUACCCUUCGAAUGCUCCACAAUGAACACAUGAAGCUGGGUAAGGACCUCCAGCGGCGGAUUGCGAAGCUGCGCGAGGAGAACAAGGACCCCGCGCUUCCCCAGAAGCCCACACGCACGGCAAGCUCGAAUGCAAAUGCAGGACCGUCUUCGAGCCCGAGUGCUGCAAUACCCCCUCCACAACCCGUGCCCUCUCCCCCUCCUCAUUCUCAAGGCAAUCGACUGUCCGAUUCACAACAAACGGUUGAUGAAUCGUUCAUGCUCCUAGGUCAAAGGAGCGAUCCCGGCGACGCAUUCCACCAAUUUUGGAAAGCUACCGAAGGCAUGCUCGACUACCUUUCCCGCCCCGUCGCAUUCGCCACCGCACCCCUUGCGCCGGAAGAACCGCCCCAGCCACCAUCUUCGCCUGGCCCGCGACGCGGAGCGAAGACGCGCGACGGGAGCUCGAGCAGCGACACCGAUUUCGAAGACCCCAUCUCGCGCAAGAUAUCGAAAGGGAUCAGUCUGGUCAAGGCUGCGCAUUCGAGGAUGCUGACGAAGUACGACUCGGUAUACGGUGCAGCUGGUGCCGGGAGUGCGAGUCCUGGUGGCUCAGAGGGAGAGGGCACAAGCAGGACAGGCUCGAGUGUUUUUCCGCCCCCACCACAGCCAAGCCAUGCGAUUGACCUGAAGGACGAUUGGGACGAUGAUAUCCGCGCUUUUGAAGACGACGAUAUGGCGGACUCGUUCUGCCUCAUCCCCUCCAAGGCGGACCCAAGUGCGCCGUCGCUAAAGGAUGAGAACGCUGCGCUGAAGGCAGAGCUCGAGAAGCAGCGGCAGCAGCUUGCGAACAUGGAGCAAGCACUCAAAGUGCGCCAGGAGCAGGACCUGCAAUUACGAGACAGCAUUAUGAUCGCGCGGAAGGAGGCGCACCGAGCGAUGAUUUCCUCCAAUGUCCUUCCACGAUCAGCCCAGCCGCCUCCAACCGUCGAUAUCGCAGCUCUCAACAUCAACGUCCCACCGCCUGUACCUGCCCCUGUUGCAGCGCUGAAUGCGGGACGAGACCGCGAUCCCCAGUUGGUGCGCCGCGUCCGCGAGCUCGAGGAAGAAGUACGCAAUCUUCGCUCCGAGAACGAGAAGCAGAAAGCGAUGAUUGUGCGUUUCCGGGAACGAUGGGAGAAGCUGAAGGAGUCGGCGAAGCGCAAGAAGGAAGCGAAAGCAGCGGCAGAGACGACGAACGUAGUGGGCGAGCGGAUCGAGGAGGACCCUGAAGCGGAGGCCGCAGCGGAGCAGGACGAUGCGCGGGCGACGAAGGGGGAGGGGUCGAGUGCCGUGGGAGCGUAGUCGUCCAAGUCAUGGAUAAUAUCUGGGUCCUAGGAGGGACCUGAGAGAAGAGCGUUGUGUCUUCUUGGCUUAUGUGUCCGAUCAUGUGUUGCUGUUUUGCUUUCUGGACUUGUAUCUGUAUGUAGUCAGCUGCUGUUCCGUAAUGUGUACAGUUUAUUGCCUCCG